AUUAGCAAUCGAAUGCUUUUAGUCAGACAAAGCUUGCUACAGCGAUGGAGUUGUAUAGGUUUUUCUAGUGCUACUUAUACUCUAAUAUACAAAAAGAGUUGUAGAAAUGUAUUGUUGAAACAUCAUUGUUGGAAGUGUCCUGCUGUACAUUCAUCUAUUGCAUUUCGAAAGAAUAGAGUUCGUAUGAGUAAAGGACGUGGAACGGGUACUUCUAGACAAUGGAAGCGUAGUCUUGAGGCAAUAAGUAAAUUCUCACGUCCUCACACUGUUCGUGGAACUUUAUUAGCAGCUAUAUCUGGUUGUCUUCGAGCUAUUCUAGAAGGUGGUUUUUUCGUUUCUAAAAGUUUAUUGUUUCGAGCCUUGUUAGGAGUGAUUGCCUUGAUAUUGGGAAACAUAUUUAUCGUGGGAAUCAAUCAAAUCUAUGAUAUUGACGUCGACAAGGUGAAUAAACCUUUUCUUCCUCUAGCUGCUAGAGAAAUGGAGCUAUCUCUUGCGUGGUUAGUCGUUGUGAUUAGUGGAAUAUGUGGCGUCGCUAUAACUAGGGUUUGUUUUUCUCGCUUGAUAUUUUAUUUGUAUAUAUCUGGUUUGAGUUUUGGUGCGCUUUAUUCUUUGCCUCCUUUUCGUUUGAGACGAUGGCCUUGGAUGGCAGCAAUAACGAUUUCAUUUGUACGCGGCUUUUUGUUGAACUUUGGAGUAUACCAUGCCACUAAAGCAGCUCUUGGGUUGCGUUUUCAAUGGAAUCCUAUUAUCGUAUUUACUGCUUGUUUCAUGACAAUAUAUGCAUGUGUCAUAGCUUUAGCAAAGGACUUGCCCGAUGUACAAGGAGAUAAGCAAUAUCGAGUGGAAACCUUUGCAGCCAAAAUGGGAGUGGAGAAAGUGGUGAAAAUGGUCACCAUGUUGUUACUUUCGAACUAUAUUUUUGCAAUUGUUGUUGGAUUAGUAGCUCCUUAUGGAACAUUUAGUCGCAAAACAAUGUUACUGACACAUAGCUGUUUGGCACUGUUAUGGAUAAGAGAAAGCAAACGAUUACAACCAAACAACAAACAAAGUUUGAUAGCAUUCUAUCGUUCUAUCUGGAAUUUAUUUUAUGCGGAAUAUUGUAUCCUUCCAUUUCUUUAAGCUGUUGCUUCUAUGACGUUGGAUGGUAUCGAAUAAACCCUAAUAGCUUAUC